GCGAAUGAAAAUGGAUAUGAGUGCUGUUCUGCCAGAAGAAUGCAUAUCUAAAAUCAUAUCCUUUACUUGUGCUAGAGAUGCAUGCAGAUUCUCAGUGGUUUCCUCUCUGUUUAAAUCUGCUGCGGAUUCAGAUGCCGUGUGGGAGAAGUUUCUGCCGUCUGAUUACCAGGAAAUCAUUUCCAGUUCGGUCUCGCCGUCGUUGCUGACAACUAACUUGUCCAAGAAGGAUCUUUAUCUUCAUCUCUGUCGUAACCCCAUCAUCAUCAAUAAUGGUACAACGAGCUUUGCAAUAGAAAAAAAGAGUGGAAAAAAAUGUUUCAUGGUUGGGGCAAGAGAGCUUAGCAUUUCAUGGGGAAACGAUUCUCGUUUUUGGGCCUGGCUAUCUCUACCAGAAUCUAGGUUUGGUGAAGUGGCUUACUUCAGGUAUGUGUGGUGCUUUGAUGUGAAGGGAAAGAUAGACACCAAAAUUUUGUCCCCCAAAACCACCUAUGCUGCUUACCUUGUGUUUAACUUACAUGAAUACGGAUUUCGAAAAAAACCUGUGGAGUCAGGUGUUUAUUUAGAAAAACUAGAUAAUGGGGAGAGGCGUAGUUUGUUUUUAGAUCCUCCACCAUCUGUAAACAGAGGAGAUGGUUGGAAGGAAAUUGAGAUGGGUGAAUUCUUCAAUGAAAAUGGUGAUGAUGGAACUCUGAUUUGUAAUUUGUCUGAUUUUAGCUCACGACAUAUUAAGCAAGGCCUCUUUAUUGAAGGAAUUGAGCUCAGGCCUAAAAAUAGCUGAUAAUAUAAUUGUGUACCAUGCAGACAAACAUAUCUUGAGAAUUCAUACCUUCAUGUAGGCAAUAAUG